UGCGAGUCGAAAAUAGCCCGUGUUCUCCAUCAGCAGCAGCAGUAGCAGCAUUCAGCGCCGCCCUCUUUCCAUCCGCAGCUCCACGUCAAACUCGGGAAAUUUAAACGGGACACGUCCACGCGACCAUUCACGGAUACGGGCAUCUCUCUACCCGGCUCCAAGGUCACUGCCUCAGCCCGGUUAAGGGGACGGGACGCACGAAUCCAUUCCCCGAAGGUCUGACUGAAGGCUGAGGAGGUCCAACAUGCCGCCCCCCACCACAGGACCCUCGGUUGUGCCCCCUCCAGACGGCGGUUGGGGCUGGGCUGUGGUCCUGGGAUCCUUCAUCUCCAUCGGCUUCUCCUACGCCUUCCCCAAAGCCAUCACCGUUUUCUUCAAAGACAUUCAAAUCAUCUUUGAUGCCUCCUACAGCCAGAUUGCGUGGAUCUCCUCUAUCAUGCUGGCUGUCAUGUACGCUGCAGGUCCUAUCAGCAGUAUCAUGGUCAACACAUACGGCUGUCGGCCUAUAGUCAUGAUGGGAGGCUGUCUCUGUGCUGUUGGAAUGAUUUCAGCCUCCUUCUGCACCAGUGUCAUACAGCUCUAUCUGUGCAUUGGCGUUAUCGGUGGACUUGGUUUAGCAUUCAAUCUGCAGCCAGCUCUGACGAUGAUUGGGAAAUAUUUCUAUAAGAAGCGGCCCAUUGCUAAUGGCCUGGCCAUGGCUGGCAGUCCUGUUUUCCUCAGUACACUGGCUCCACUCAACCAGUUCCUCUUCAACAGAUUCGGCUGGAGAGGCAGUUUCCUGAUCUUAGGCGGGCUGCUGCUAAAUUGCUGUGUGGCCGGCUCUCUCAUGAGACCUCUGGGACCCCCACCGGGUAAAGCCAAAAAAGAGGAGGUAGCUAGCAUCACCACCACAGAAAAGCGCACAGCCUGGCAAACUAUCAACAAAUAUCUAGAUUUAUCCCUGUUCAAACAUCGGGGCUUUCUUAUUUAUCUAUCCGGCAACUGCAUCAUGUUUUUGGGCUUUUUUGCUCCUAUUGUCUUUCUUGCAGCUUAUGCUAAAGACAUGGGUGUGGAUGAGUACAGUGCUGCCUUCCUGCUUUCAAUCCUGGCUUUUGUAGACAUGUUUGCCAGACCAUCCAUGGGACUAGUUGCCAACUCGCGAUGGAUUCGACCCAAAAUUCAAUACUUCUUCAGCUUUGCUGUACUGUAUAAUGGAGUUUGCCACAUCCUGUGUCCAUUUGCAGAGGACUACACAGGUUUAGUAAUUUACUCUAUAUUCUUUGGCUUUGCCUUUGGAAUGGUCAGCUCAGUGUUGUUCGAGACACUGAUGGACCUGGUUGGGGCUCCAAGAUUUUCCAGUGCUGUGGGACUCACCACCAUAGUGGAGUGCUGCCCCGUCCUGAUUGGGCCACCUCUGGCAGGUAAACUGGUGGACAUUACCAAAAACUACAAGUACAUGUAUUUCUGCUGUGGAAGUGUUGUCAUUGUGGCCAGUAUUUGGCUUUUCAUUGGAAACUUCAUAAACUACAGAUUGUUGGACCGGGAACGUAAGGCUGAGAUGUACAAGCGGACUGAGACAGAGGAUCCAGACAGAGCCCAGGAUAAAAAAGAAGCUGAUGGUGAAGCACAGCAGUCAUUACAGGAGCCAGUUGAGCAAAAGGAGGAGGAGCCUAUGCAGCGGGAAACAAACAUUUAGAAGAUUUUGGAUCAAAAUAAGCUCUGAUUUAACUUAUGUAUGGGGUCGCACCAUUCUGCUCCCUCUGAACUUGGGUUAA